AAGUAUUCCUUUUUUCUUUUUCUGACCAAUUAUCUCUUUUUAUCUUUUUUUAGGAUAAACUCAAUUGAUAGUUCCAAUUAUCUAUUAUGUAGUAAUUAUAUUUCAAGAUUCUUGCUCCAAUAGUUUUAAUUUCAUCUUUGAUGAAACCCCUUUUAUUUUUUUUACCAGAUCCAUCCAUAUUCAGGGAAUUUGAUGAUUGAGCUUAAAAUUUGAGAGGAGCUGUUUGGUUUAAAGGGUUUCUUGAAGGAACUGUAAAGAAUGGCGUGCAAAGGUUUUUGGGAGUGUUUGUUGAAGCUCUUGAACUUCUUGUUGACCCUUGUUGGUUUGGCAAUGGUGGGGUAUGGUAUUUAUCUAUUUGUUGAAUACAAAAAUCAUUCAUCCUCCGGGGAUGAUCACCCUGUUGCACCACCUACAAGUGCUGCUGAUGUGAUAGAGUUUGGUCGUCCAAUGCUUAUGGCUGUAUCGUUGGCUGAUAACAUCUUUGAUAAACUUCCGAAACCUUGGUUCAUAUUUUUGUUUAUUGGUGUUGGAGCAGUUCUUGUAAUUGUGUCUUGCUGUGGUUGCAUUGGAGCGGCAACAAGGAACGGCUGUUGCCUGAGUUGUUACUCCGUGUUGAUUUUCUUGUUGAUCCUGGUAGAGCUAGGUGCUGCUGGUUUUAUGUUCUUUGAUAAAAGCUGGAGAGAGGAAAUUCCGACUGACAAAACGGGUAACUUUGAUACGAUCUAUGGAUUUUUGGAUGAACACUGGAAGAUUGUCAAGUGGGUUGCCCUUGGUGCUGUUAUUUUAGAGGCUCUUAUAUUCUUAUUGGCCCUCAUAGUAAGGGCGGCAAACAGACCAGCAGACUAUGAUAGUGAUGAUGAGUACAUAGGUGGUCCCAGACAACAAAUCCGACAGCCACUGAUCAGCAAUAGGGCACCACCAAAUGCUGCAACUGGUGUCCCUGUUACUGGUACCCUUGAUAAUCGUCCAAGUAGAAAUGACGCAUGGAGUACACGUAUGAGAGAAAAGUAUGGGCUCGAUACAUCGGAGUUCACUUACAACCCGUCAGAGUCCAACAGAUAUCCACAAACAGCCGUACAGCCGCAAGAGGAAAAGAAGGGUUGUGCCAUAAUGUGAUGAUGGUCUUCUGUAAAUUUGGGAGGGCUGAUGAUUGUGCUUGUCUGUGUAAUUUAGUCUGGUGUGAAGUAUUUGUGUCUUCUGUAAGCCGCCUUUUCUCUUUGUGGAGUCAGCCUUUAAUGUACAAAAUACAGUUUUUCGGGAUUUUCACUUGUUGUUGACAGUACAUUUUGAAGGAUAAUUCCUCCUCAGUUCAUGCUGAGGAAGAUGUAUUCAGUAUUUUAGUGUACGUGCAUUUCAGCAACAA